AGGUUAAAUUUGACACUUCAGAUAGGUGUUUAAAUCAAGUUAGCAAAAGAAAUUACAUAUCAAAACCUCUAGAGAAAGUCAGAUAAUUUUUUUUGCCUACACCUCUCAGCCGCAUAGAGCCUUUGCAUCUGAAUUUUGCUUCAAUAAUUUCUCUCAUACUCCAUUUAACUUUAACUGUCAAUGCCUUCUUCAUUCCCUGUGUUCAAUUUCUGAUAAGGAUGUAUAUAGCAAUCGCUGUAUUUUUUAUCAUACUUUGUGUGAUUCAUUUUAAAAUAUCAUCUAAGUGUGCGAGAUACGAAGCAAUUUGCAAUGGGAUACCAGGACCCAAGCUGUUGCCUAUAAUCUGCAAUUUUUUUGAACUCAGUUUCAACCCGGAAGGUAUCUACAGUCGCUUUCCUGAACUCAUCAAAAAGUAUGGAAGAGUAUUCAGAAUUUGGCUUGGACCAUCACUACAUCUUGUUUACCUCUCAAAACCUGAGGAAAUAGAGAUUAUCCUCGGGAGCACCAAGUACAUCCACAAAGCUGAAAUGUAUGAGUAUUUCGAACCCUGGCUAGGCAGUGGAUUGCUAAUAGCAAAUGGGCCUGUUUGGUUUAAGAAAAGGAAGCUAAUGACAUCAGCUUUUCAUUUUUCAAACUUGAACAAUUUCAUCCCUAAGUUUAAUACCAACAUUAAACUUUUACUCAAAAAAUUGGAAGAGCCAGCUAGAGGAGAGAGUUUCAAUGUGUAUGACUUUCUAACAUUGUGUACCUUGGAUAUAAUUGUUGAGUCAGCAAUGAACACUAAAAUAUAUGCCCAGAGUGAGAAAAACAACAGAUUCUUGAAAGCAAUGGAUGAGGCUGAGUUAGCCAUUUUGAAGAGGGGAUUUUCCCCUUGGCUUCACUCAGAUGGAUUUUUCUCAAAAUCUUCCAUCGGAAAAAUGUUCUAUGAAUCUGUACGCCUCAUGCAUGAUCUUGCUGACUCAAUAAUCAAAAUGCGAAAGAUGGAAUUAUCAGAUAAGAAAGAGGAAUCGUCCUUUGAAAAUAAAAAUACUGACAGUAUCCUACAAGACCGAUACAAGAAAAAUAUUACUUUCCUUGAUAUGCUUCUGAAAUACAACGAGGACGGAGCAGGGUUCUCUGACGUCGACCUCCGAUCAGAUGUUAUGAUGUUCAUUAUGGCCGGUCAUGGAACAACUACAUGGUGUCUGUCUUGGGCUAUGUAUUUGCUGUCUAAAAAUCCUAACAUCCAAGAAAAAAUGUACGAAGAAGUUAUAUCCGUUUUGGGUCCUGAAGACAGAGAUAUUGAAAUCAAUGACCUUCUGGAGUUGAAGUUUACAGAAAGAGUCAUAAAAGAAACGUUGCGACACUACCCGUCUGUACCGUUUUAUGGCCGGACUGUUCAUGAAAAUGUUAAAUUACCAGGUGGUUAUGUCAUCCCUGCCAACACAGAUGUGGGUAUUCUAACUUACUGUCUUCAUAUGGAUCCAGAAAUUUAUGAAAAUCCCAAAGAGUUCAAUCCUGAUAACUUUUUACCAGAAGUUUGUGCCGCUCGACAUCCAUAUGCAUACAUUCCAUUCAGCGCAGGGCCUCGCAAUUGCAUUGGUCAAAAAUUUGCAAUGCUACAGCUGAAAUCAAUUUUGUCCUCAAUCAUCAAGAAGUUUAGAAUUUUACCAGCCUCUGAUGCGCCAGCUCCAUGCCCUGUCACAGUUCUACUUUUCAAGUCCGACACAGGAGUUCAUAUUCGACUCGAAAAAAGGAAUUGAGAGAAUUUAUUUCGUAUCAGAAAUAUCAUGUGUGAAUAUUUCGUCAUUGUUAACGUAGCUUUUGAUUUAAGAAGGCCAUUUUAGUUUUAGUAAGUAAAGGGAAAUUUUGGAGUCAGGGAAAAAUCGGAAAAAUCCAGGAAAGUAAAAAAGAAGAAAUUAUGGGAACCCUGCAUAUAACUUGUAUCAUUAAAAUGUAUUUGUAUUUUUUUAUCAUUUAGAUGCUUCUAAUUUUUAUAAGCUUCUCUGUUGUGUACUGCUAAUUUUGUAACAAAGUGCCAAAAA